AUGGUCCCCAUCCACGUUGAUCUACGUACUCGAGGUUUGGAUUCAGUGGAAGAGACUACCUCGACAAGCUAUGCGUGUGACGAGGAGGAUGAGCCUAUCAACCCCGGAUUUGAUUACGGUAAAGAAAAAAUACGAGGUGUCAACAUAGGCGGAUGGCUCGUAACGGAAUCCUGGCUUACACCAUCCUUAUACCGUACUGGAGAUAGCAGAAUAAUUGAUGAAUAUACCUUUGGUCAAUAUUUAGGACGAGAAGAAGCAACCAAACGUUUACGUGCGCAUUGGGAUUCAUUUUACAACGAAUCUGAUUUCCAAAGGAUCAAAUCAUAUGGUCUUAAUCAUGUCCGUAUCCCUAUCGGAUAUUGGGCUUUUGACAUCUCAGAUGGAGAGCCCUACGUUCAAGGACAGUAUGAGUACCUCAAACAAGCAGUUGAAUGGGCAAGACGAUCAGGUCUUAAGGUCAUGAUUGAUUUGCACGGCGCUCCUGGUUCACAGAACGGUUUUGACAAUUCCGGGCGCAAAGGACCAAUAGAUUGGGCAACUGACCCAAAGAAUAUCCUUCGUACAAAACAAACGCUUACUGUGAUUGCCAAAGAGUUUUCUCAACCUAAAUAUGUGUCACUCAAUGAGCCGGCUGGAUUUGCUAUGGAUGGUAAUAUGACACUGAAUGCUGCCAAACAAUAUUUUUACGACGGAUACAGCAUCGUACGACACCCGAAUGAAGAAGGUCCCCAGUCUGAUUUACUCUAUGUGGUACAUGACGCAUUCCAACCAAUUGAAACCUGGUCAGACUCUUUUGCUAAACCAAAGUAUCAAGGAGUUGCUUUAGAUACACAUAUCUACACAAUCUUUGAUAACAAAUCUCUUCAAAUGAGUGAUGAUGAACGAGUGGCUACUUAUUGUCGUAUGGCUGACGGAUUAGAAAAGAGUAAUUCAGCGAUUUUAACAUUUGUUGGAGAAUUUGCACCUAGUCCUACAGAUUGUGCAAAUAGUAUCAAUCAUCAGCCAAUUGGAUCACGAUACGAUGGUACUUUCAAUGGUUCUCAACGUAUUGGAUCUUGCGUAGGAAAAAGUGGAUCUAGUGAAACUUUUUCAGAAGAAUAUAAGAACAGUUUGGGAAGAUUCUUUGAAGUGCAAACAACUGUUUAUGAAAAAUCCUCAGGAUGGAUCAUGUGGACUUUUAAAGCUGAGAAUGCGGAUGAUGGUACUUAUGACGCUGGAGUGAAGGGUGGCUGGAUACCCAAGGAUCCAGGAUUUAAAGCUCAUGGGAACCAAUGUGGAUAG